AUGACAUCCGCCUUCUCUAGCCUUCUGCUGCAGUCGCGGGCCACUCGUUCUGAGAGCUCCUCGAAGAGCCCAGUCAUGGUAGUCAAAGAGCUUGAGAGCACUGGCGACCCUCGGAUCUAUCCAGGAAGCUUGCAUCGUCACCAAUGGUCGAAUCCCGCAGUGCCAAUUUAUCGCAGCAUGCUCGAUGUCGACACUCCAAGCCUUCAGGCUAUCGCUAUCCAGAAAGAGGAAUCCAUGGAAGACUGGGUGACCGAGAAGCUCAGUCAGACAGCACGAAAGCAUAUCACGAAUGAUUGGGCUGACAUCUUAUGUUUCUACACAGCUACAAAUGGCGUUCCCUCAGUGGCACCAACUCGAGCCUCCCCAGCACCGCAACAAAAUGGCAAAGCCGUAUCUUCCCAGGAGAUACCACAAAGUGUGAGCUCAACUGAUCCAAAGAUUGCUGCACAGCAGGCGAGCGAUAUGCGAAACAUUGUCCGAAGAAAGUUGACCGGCUAUGUUGGAUUUGCGAAUCUGCCAAAUCAGUGGCACCGCAAGAGUGUCCGAAAAGGAUUCAACUUCAACGUUAUGGUAGUUGGUGAAUCUGGCCUCGGAAAGUCCACGCUGGUCAACACCCUUUUCAACACCUCGCUCUACCCACCGCGGGAGCGCAAAGGACCUAGUCUCGACAUCAUCCCAAAAACGGUUUCCAUUCAAUCUAUUAGCGCGGACAUUGAGGAGAACGGCGUUCGUUUACGUUUGACUGUUGUUGAUACCCCGGGUUUUGGUGAUUUCGUUAACAAUGAUGAGUCGUGGCGACCAAUUGUGGACAACAUUGAGCAACGCUUCGAUGCUUACUUGGAUGCGGAGAACAAGGUCAAUCGUAUGAACAUUGUUGACAACAGGGUCCAUGCUUGCGUGUACUUCAUUCAACCAACGGGUCAUGCUUUGAAGCCGUUGGACAUCGAGGUCAUGCGCAGACUGCAUACCAAGGUCAACUUGAUUCCGGUUAUUGCCAAGGCUGAUACCAUGACUGAUGAGGAGAUCAUUGCCUUCAAGGCCAGAAUCCUCGCUGAUAUUAAGCACCACGAUAUCCAAAUAUUCGAGGGUCCUCGAUACGAACUUGACGAUGACGAGACGAUUGCCGAGAACAACGAGAUCAUGUCAAAGGUUCCAUUCGCCGUCGUUGGUGCCAACUCUGAGAUCACGAGCGCGGAUGGCCGUAAGGUCCGUGGACGCAAAUACCCAUGGGGUAUCAUCGAAGUCGACAACGAAGAGCAUUGUGAUUUCGUCAAGUUGCGCCAGAUGUUGAUCCGAACACACAUGGAGGAACUCAAGGAGCACACCAACAACGCUCUGUACGAGAACUACAGAUCCGAGAAGCUCACCGCUCUUGGUGUCGCUCAAGAUCCAAGUGUAUUCAAGGAGGUCAACCCAGCUGUCAAGCAAGAGGAAGAGCGCACGUUGCACGAGCAAAAGCUCGCCAAGAUGGAGGCCGAGAUGAAGAUGGUCUUCCAGCAGAAGGUUGCCGAAAAGGAGAGCAAGUUGAAGCAGAGCGAAGAAGAGUUGUACGCGCGUCAUCGCGAGAUGAAGGAACAACUCGAACGCCAACGAAUGGAGCUGGAAGAAAAGAAGUCACGAGUCGAGAGUGGAAGACCAUUGGAAGAAAAGGGAAAGAGGAAGGGAUUCUCGCUCCGUUAA